AUGGAGGAAAAUAAAAAAGAUCCUAGAAGUCAGGAAACAAGAACAUACACUAAACGUUUUACACGUAACUAUUGUACAAAAGUAGCGAUGAAUCCGAACAUGAAACAAAAAAUUGCAAUUGUUUUAGAUGUGAGCAAAACUAUAUUUCAUUGGGGAUUUAUUCCAUUAAUUUAUUUUAUAGGAUUUAGAAAGGGUGCUGAUCCAGGCAUGCCUCAAUUAUCAGUUGUAAACUUAUUAUGGAAAUAAAAAUAUUUUCUUCGACAUCAUUCCAUUCUGCUUUUCAUGAAGAUAUUACCAUAAU